UGGUUGCUUCAUUAGCUCGAGGCCAGAAAAAGGACAAAGGACACACGGUUUAUUCCUUAUUUGAAUGCGCUGUGAAGUGUGUUUCUACUGGAUACAACGCAAUGUCCUUCACAUUGCAGAAUGCUCUUCUGGGAAGCCUUGUGGUCUUGGCCAGCAUUGUGACGCUAUGCAAUGCCCAGUGCUUUUUUAUACCUAAAAGACAUCAUCCAGGUGACAAUCUUAAGGAAUGCAGGGAUCUCGAUGGAUUCACCUACCCGAUGAACUCCAAGUGGAAGAAUAAUAAAUGUGAAGAGUGUUCUUGUAACCCAGCUGGAAUUAGCUGCUGCAACAUUGCUGCUGUACCUGUGGGUUACAACGAAUUGAAAUGCAAUAAGUUAUUCAACCCGAAAACCUGCACCUAUACAGUGGUGGAGAAAAAGAAUCCAAAAAAGUUUUGUGAUGUCCAGCAAUGGGUGAUGUAAUUGCUUCUCGUGGGCCCGUGGCUCCCACACAGAGGCUCCAGGUCCUCCAAGGCCAGGCCUCAUUUUCCUUGGCCUCUAACAGACUAUGAUUGUAUGACCCUACCUGUUUGUAAAAAAUUAAAUAAGUAAAAAUUGAGCAAACGUUUCAAUAUGUGUAUACUUGCAAUUUACAAAUUAUGUGUGCAUUGAUUUUUAUACACAUUAAAAAGCACUCAAACAUUUAAUAGAGUGAACAAAAAAUAAAUAUGAAUAAAGUUAUAUUUUUCCUAUACUCCAAUAAAUCACUGUACAUUCCCACUUAGGCACCACUGCUUCUGUUGCUUCUGAUAUGGCAUCUGCACUCUGCUGUCCUGGUGUCCUGCUAUCUUACGAACAAUUAAAAAAAUAAACGUGUCUUCAAAAU